CUACACAUGCCACUCAUGCUGCCCCCGAGGAUAUCUGUCAUGUACUAAAGCUGCAGGUGUAACUGUUUUUGAGAGAUUCGUUAUCAUAAUUGGAUUGUUGAUAGAUCUCAUCAGUUUAAUAUGAUGACAGAAAAAGAGAAUUACAAAAGUCAGCUCAAGUUGGUUAAAAGUACUCUCCAGUCUUUUCAAAGGAUAUAGAUAAUACUGUUGAAUUUUGCAGACUUAUGUGGCUUCAUUGCAUAACCAAUCCAUGUUUUGAGGAUGAUACAACAAUGUGAUUUUAAAUGUUAGCCGUGCCCAGAGAGACUGGGGAUUAGACUGAUGUGAAAGUACAAAAUAAAUCUCAGCAACUUUUGACACUCACAAUUUAGGCUACUAUUGCAUUGAUGAAAAGUCUCUGUUUUGUAAAUACUAAAUAUUCUCAUGAGAGGAUAUUGGUAUAUCUCUGUCACUACUGUGUUGUGUUAUGACUCAAUAAGUGGGAAGCUUAAAGGAUAAAAAAAAAACACAUUCAUACAUUUUUUUUUUCAAUCACAGAAGGAGCAUUAACUGUUUUGCAUCUGAUCUGUAAAAAUAAAUCCCCUCCUGUAAAAUGGUUGUUGUGUGUUGGCUGUAUCCGACAAUGUUGUAUAUUUUUGAUUGGAAAAUAACAUUUAAAAAUCUCUUUAUGGAGCUUAUCAUUGAUAGAGCCAAUAUAAAAAAAUCAAUAAAGUAUCCUUUUUUCAAGUUUUCUUAUCAUGUUUAAUUUAAUUUUGAUGGCUUUUUUUAAUCUGCACAAUAAGUGAAAAUAGUCCAUGGGUUAUCCUCCCACCCCUCUUUGGAUUUCCACAACUCGGUAUGGGAAUAUAAUUGCUUUUAUGUUCUACAUAAAGCCUAGUCAGCUCCUGACAAUGCAGACAACAAGGAUAUCCCGUUCCCACGAUCCCAGUAGCACUCACCUUGCACAGGUGAGCUACGAGAAUCUACAGUAAGUUAUGUGAGUGACAGCUGGAAACCAAACAUUCGUGUCUGAAUCCCGCUCGCUCCUCCCUAAUGGGGCCCUCGGCGGCCAAUAGCGUGGCUCUCCUGCAGAUAGACCCCAGCGUGUCUCCGUCCAGCUCCAGUCCCCGCAGAGUAAAAGUCACGUUGGAAGGAAAAGGGGAGAGAGAUAUCUACUUACAGCUGCUGUCAGAUAUCCGAUCGCACUCGCAUGGCGAGGAGGUAACCUGAUCGAGCUGGGAGGAGUGACUUUACCAGGGAAGGCUUGAACAAAAAAAAUGUCUUCUUCUUCUGCCGGAGAAGUCACAACAGCAAAUGACAUCAAGAGGGAAAAUGUGAAGGAGGUGGAUACGCGGGAGUGCAUCAAGCUUGUGGCGCUGGACGCAGCGGAGUUGUCCAUGGAGCGCACGGCUCCCAAUACGGACGCGGUGCGCACGGAGCUGCUGGUGAGCGCCGCUUCCUCCCUGGCGUUCUCCCCGGAGCAAGUGGCGUGCGUCUGCGAGGCGCUGCAGCAGGGAGGCAAUGUGGACCGGCUGGCCAGGUUCCUGUGGUCCCUGCCACAAAGUGACCUGCUCCGCGGGAACGAAAGCAUCUUGAAAGCCCAAGCCCUCGUCGCUUUCCACCAGACUCGGUACCAGGAGCUGUACAGUAUUCUGGAGAACCACAGUUUCAGUCCGUCCAACCACACCUUUCUGCAGGAUCUGUGGUACAAGGCCCGGUACACCGAGGCAGAGAAGGCGCGGGGGAGACCCUUGGGCGCCGUGGACAAGUACCGGAUCCGGAGAAAGUAUCCUCUCCCAAGGACUAUCUGGGACGGCGAGGAGACUGUGUAUUGUUUCAAGGAGAGGUCCCGGAACGCGCUGAAGGAUCUGUAUAAUCAGAAUCGGUACCCCUCUCCGGCCGAAAAGAGGAAUCUCGCCAAGAUUACAGGACUCUCCUUGACCCAGGUCAGCAACUGGUUCAAAAACAGGAGACAGAGAGACAGAAACCCGUCUGAGGCACAAUCAAAAAGGUGAGGAAACAAAAGAAACGGGAUUAAUCUGCUACAAACUUCACAUACAACAAAUGAUAACGCGUUGGAACACUUUUUUUCAGUCUAUGCUGUGCGUAAAGGGCACAUUAAACAGACGCUAUUUUUAACAAACGGUUUAAACCUUACUCCGAAGAGAGGCGCCAAUAUCUUAAAAUCAUUCUCACUUACUGGCAAUAUUCCGUGUAUUCCAUUUCUUUCCACUGAACUUUCUUAUUUUCAAAAUGAGAAGGAUAAAUAGUGGAUGGUGAAGAAGCACAAAAGUGUGCGUAAAAGGGUUUGGAGCACGCUUUUAAUGUUUUGAAAUAUGAAGCGGUUGCCACUCAGAUCCGGUUUCAACUGUGUUGCUGCUAAGGAGCAUGGAAACCAUAAGCAACUAAAUAACAUAGUAACUUCCACAGCCCGGCGAUUUGACUGUCAGGCAUCAAAAGUUGUCAAUUAUGAUAAAACGAUAAACAAGUCAGCUUUCAUUUCUUCGUGUGUGUAUGUGUGCACAAAGUCAGAGGCAAACACACUCAACACAUGUGCGCGUGCACGAGCACAUAAAUCAUUUUUCAUUUUAUCUUUUAUUUCCUGGACUAAAGGAGAUCUUAGAUCCUCUGAUAGCCUCUGUGUUUCUUUUAUAAUCCUCCACACAAACAGACUGAAGUGUGGCUUCUUUCAUGUUUCUCUCUCUGUGAACAAAGCUGAGGCACACCUGGUGGAGGUGACCCCUCUCUCUCUCUCCCUCUCUUUCUCUCUCUCUGUCUUACACACGCACAUUCAAACACACAGCACACACACACUUUAUUGUGUUUGCCUUUAAGAGCUAAAACUAUUCAUUAAAAAAACACUUUUAUAGCUUUUAAACUUGUGGAUAUUUAACUCUUAUUUUUGGCAACUAGUGUCCUUGUUUAUAUCUCUUCCAAGGAGUGAGGGUGAGAGCUCACAGUGUGAGUAUGUGUGUGUGUGUGUGUGUGUGAGUGUGUGUGUGUGUGUGUGUGCGUGUUUGUUUGUUUGUGUUGAAGAGGCAGCAGCUGUUUGAAUCAAUCUCGAAUACCAGUUAUUCAUUAACAAGCUGUAACAACUAAAUCUAAAUUAUUUUAAAGGCUUCAGGGAAACAGAAAAUGGGAUUUCAAAUCGCAAAACCAUGUCAAAUCAGAGGAACGAAUUCAAAUAAAUGCCCUUAGCCAUUUGUCACGCCACUGCUGCUGGCAUUUUGUCACACCAGAAUUUAUAGCGCCAAAUGGUUGCACGGUUGUUGGUGUGAGGUGGUUGUUGUCAGUGCAGCUCUCCAUGAGGUAAGAGAAGGCUAUACACUGACAAACACAGCCGGCUCUUCAAAGCUGUGUAAUAACAGCAACAAAUGUGACCCUGUCUGCUCUGUGCUCAGGGAAAGAGAGUGGAAAUUUUUAAAAAGAUAGUCCAGUUGAAUUCAAAUAGAGUUUAUCCCCCAAACCGAAAAUGGGACUAACUAGAUUCUAGUUUCAUUUCAUUUUUCUUUGUUUGAAAAAAGGCCCAAAGUUUGUUCUGUAGGAUGUCUUUUAUAAUGUUUCUGUCUCUUCUUCAGUGAAUCUGAUGGAAACCACAGCACAGAGGAUGAAUCCAGCAAAGGCCAGGAGGAGUUGUCACCUCGGCCCCUCUCUAACUCCUCAGAUGGUGUGAUCACCCAUGGGACCCUUCCCCUUCAAACAGGGUCUCUGGACAGUGGGGUGGUCAUCCAGCAGAUCGGGGACAUUAAGCUGCCUCCUGGAUCCAGCAGCAGCGGCCUCUACAAUGGAAGUCUCGUGACCAGUAACACCCCCUCCACUGUGUUUCACAAUGGAGGUUCGUCUUACCUCCACACACCUGGAAACAUCCUCUUCAACGGGCUCAAUUUGGGCAUCCAACCCUUGGCUUUCAACCCUCUGAGGUCGUCUGGAGGGGUGCUACUGGGGGGCUCAGGGGUGGACAUGCAGAUGCAGACCGGGCAGGAGAAAGGACUGGGCAGUUCUGCGGAGGACUCAGCCCUGCAGUACGCCUCCUACCAGGGCUGUGUGAACGGAGCUGAGGUGAAGCUGGAGGGCAUUCACACCAUGGCGGCCCAGAACGGAGGAUCCUCCGUGCUUACCUUCAGCUCCUCGUCAGGGCCACUGCAGCUGGGGGGCUACAGCCUGGUCCAGGUACCGAGUGGGGGGGUCUCUGACAGUGAUGGCAGCUCAUUACUCAACAGUGAUGUAGGCCUUCCUCCUCUGCAGCUUUCAUCCGCCUCACCUGCCUCAACAAUCACACAACAAGGUGGGUUGAGAAAACAAUUGAACCAUGUGUGAUUAUAAUUAUUUCACUCUGAGGGUAUGAUCAGAUUAUAUGAAGAAAAGAGGUGAAAAUACAAACUAAAGCCUCUUAAAAGCUUAAAUAUUGUGAUUAUUUGAUUCAAAUUAACCCAUCUUGGAGCUCUACAGUAAAAUCAAUGGAGAUAAUUAUAUGAAAAGUUUAUUUUCCCCUAAAUUUAGUGAAUUCAGAGCAGCUGAUGACUUUGAUUUGACUCGAUUGACUUUAUUACAGCAAAUACAACAAAGAGGAGACAAAAUCAAGAUUAACUGCAGUGAUAAGAUAACCAGAAUCAAGACAUAUACUCUUCUGCUUUUAUAUCAAAUUUUAGAUGGUUUACUCCUGCGCCUUGUAGCUUUAAAGACAAUCAGACGUAACCUUUGCCCUCUUGUUCUGGCCGUUGCUACACAUCCAACCUAGUUUGUCAACAGGUCUCUACUACGUCCACGUGAAAUAUAUCUGAGCUGCUUUAUUCUUGGCUUGUCUGUGUUUGGGUUGUAGCCCAAAGGCUAAUGCCGAACAUAUCACAGAGCAGAAGAAACAGGGCCACACAUACACACGCACAUACACACACAACAAAAGAGGUGGUCCUUUGAAAACCCCAGAGAUGAAUAAAAACAAGUUGUGGAGUCACCAUCACUCAUCAUCAUUGCGCUCUUGAUGUGCAGAACAAGGAGGGAGGAGGAGAAAUAUGUUUCAGACAAUCAGAGGCCCUGAAACACACUAACGGGGAAUACGACGUUCCAGCUCUGCCUUUGACAAAAAGCAGAGAAUCUACAUCAGCAUGAAUAAUAAGGGAAAGGAGAAAAUUGCAGCAUGCUGUUGAGCCCUGGCUCUUGUUCUCCGGGGCUCUGCAGGGUCGAGCUUUAAGAGUGCAAAGUGUGUGAGACAUGAAACAGCGAUUUAAGGGCCAAGACUCGCUGUGCAUGAAACAUGAAAAACUGUGAGAAAAGAUGUAGAGAAACGGUGUGUAUUGAUGGAUUGUUGUGUCGCCGCAGGUUCUUUGCCUCUGAGCAACGUAGCCGUGACUUCCUCCAGUGAUGGCUCGUUCCAGCAGCAGGACAAGCUCACCAUGUCAUCCCUCCACCACAGCACCGUCCUCUACAACAUGAGCAGCGAAAACCAGCCUUCAAUCAAGAAGGAGCCUCUGGAGGGGGUCGUCUACUCCUCGUACCACCACAGCCUCCAUCACCUGGACCCCACUGGACAGCUCAGCUACACCACCCCCAACUCAGAAGAUGAUCACUCCAGCCAAGGUCCUGCCUCCACCACCGAGGUCACCGCCGUUAGCUCAUCCAGCUCCGGACCAGAAGUCUACACCACCCUUACUGUCAGCACACCGCUCAUGGCUCAUACAGACCCCAGCGGCCAUCACCUCCAGCCCACAGAGUAUCUCCGAAGCCCCCCAUCCUCACACCUGAUCGGGCCUGGAAUGAACAGCACCUUCAUGAACCUUUCAGAGAACAAAUCAGAGGUGUCGGGAGGUGUAAACGAGAUGGUGCGAGCGAUGUGCGGGGAGAUGGAGGCGGUGGAGGGGAAGGAUCUCGCCAAACUACAAACAGUGCAGAUGGAGGAGGACAUGGCCGACCUUUAACCUCUCCUCUCACUGAAGCCCCUCAUCUGCCCAAGCAGAAAUAUGGUGAACCUUUUUUUUUGCGUGUGUGAGUGUGUGUGUGUGUGUUGUUUUUUUAUUACAUUGAUUUCCUUUAAAUGUUAAAUUAUUUGUGUUCAUGCACUCUAGUCAGAGAGGAGCCCCGUCGGUGGGCUUCAUCAGAUUGUCAUAAAAAUGAAAAAAAAGUCUGUGACAUGUUUUGAAAAGCUCCAGCCUGUAAGAAGAACGACUGUUACGUGCUCCGAGAAGAAGUCAUGUACGAGUUUGAGCCAUGUUUAAAUGUGCAUUUUUAUAGACAACACCUGCUACUUCCUGUUGAGUGGAUUUGAUCCGCAGGAGCAGGUGCUGGAAUGCCUCGAAGUCAUGUGACCGGGGAUGUUCCUCCAAAACUAAAUGCGUCAUCUGGGUCAAACCAAAAAGGUCAUCUGGUAGGGGGGGAAAAGGGAGAGAGGGGCUGUGUGAAAAUGGUCAGUUAAAGAGCGAGGGCUUUACUCAAGGACUGCACAAACACACACACAUACACUUACAUACAGAGAAGAAGAAAAAGGUCAUUAAACACACAAAGCUGCUGAUUUAGGAAAAAGUGUCCUUCAGAAAUCAACUUAAAAUCUCUGAAUGCUUCUAAGUUGCUGCAAAACUCUGCUUUAGUGCUUUAUAUCAUACCAAAUUAACUACAAGUUAAGACUGAUGUGCCUUUCUGCUUUUUAAAGAACACCACAGCACUGGCCUGCUUUGCGUUUGCACUACCAUAAUGUACAACUUUUGAUUUGGAGGGUUUGCCACGUGUAACCCACCCUAACAAACACACAAUAUUUCAGCUUCAACUCACAUUUCAAGCCUAUUCACCAACCUGUGAGGUGAAAAUCUCAAUGACAGAGUUGUCACUCAGAGUCAUGAUGUUGUUUAAAAGCUGCAGCUCAUUGUAUGUUAACUUGAUGUGACGAUGCUGUUCUGUAAUCCUGUUUCAUUUUCUCUCCAAAAUGUUGCCUGUCAUGGAUGCUAUUUUUCUAUAACGGGAGUGUAACUUUUUCUCUUUGCAUGGACACUAGUGCCUUUUACUUUGUGUUUUGUGAAUACCACUGAAAGUAAGCCUGUGUCUUCCCUGACAUAUGUGUCGGGUGUUCGUCGAAAGGGAAAAGAUGAGAGAAUGUGCAGCUCAUUUGUCAAGCGUGUCCGGUGCUUUUCACAACAGGGGCCUAAUUCCUCUCCUUGCUGUCGUAAAGUUCAUGACCAUAAUAGCACAUUUCAUUUCAGCCUCACAGCCAACUCCAAGGAUGCACAUCUCUGAGUGCAUUACACACAUGGACUUGUAAUGCUUUUUCUUUAUCAGGAUUAAUGACUUAAUCCCAUCAAUUUGAAUGGACUGUUCGGCGUACUCUCAGUGCUUUAAUGUCAGAAACCAAAAAUGAGCUGUGGGCAAAUAGAUAAAGGUGGUCAUUUGUG